GCGAGUAGAGUCCAUGCUGUCCGGUUUGAGUGGCCCUCGGGGCGAGGCGUUCCUUGAAUGUGCCGGCGGGAAGAGGGUGCACGGAGUCCAGCCUCCAGGCAGCCUGGGUGCCGAUGGGUGGGUGCCUGCUUUAUGUAGGGCAAAAGAUGCCAGUGAUCAAUAUUGAAGACUUGACAGAAAAAGACAAAUUGAAGAUGGAAGUUGACCAGCUCAAGAAAGAAGUGCCCCUGGAAAGAAUGCUGGUCUCCAAAUGUUGUGAAGAAGUAAGGGAUUAUGUGGAAGAAAGAUCUGGAGAAGAUCCACUAGUAAAGGGUAUCCCAGAGGACAAAAAUCCCUUCAAGGAGCUCAAAGGAGGCUGUGUGAUUUCAUAAGAAAAAAAAAAUGCCAUGGAAUAGCUUGAGCUUUAAUGACAGUACUAAUUUUUGGUCAUCUAUUACAAUACUAUUAAGCAUGUAGACGUGUCACAUCCGACACUUUUCCUGGCUUUACAAAAGGGCAGCAAGGUGAAUCCUGCUUUCCAGCUAGUGGAGAAACCAAUGCUGAGUGAAUCCAGGAGAAGCCAAUGCCUACAUCCAGGAAGUUGCAGGAGCCAGGAAUUCAUAACCCUUGGUGUCAACAGCCACCCAAACCUUGGUUGAUGGGGAGCGGAGAAACGCUUUCUGGGAUGGAGGUAACAGAUGUGAGGAAAGGUGAGGACUGUAUCUUCCGUGGCAGCAGCAUGUGGACAACCAGGAUUGCCAGGCUGACUGCGUGAGCCUACCUGCCUACACUGGAAGUGGAACGUCCCACGCCUUGACCCGAGCUAAGUGAAGAAGAUUGCCCUCUCCAAUGUGAGUGGACCCCAUCCAACCUGUUGAAGGCCCUAGAACAAAAAGCAAAGUAGGAGAAUUCAUUCUUCUGCUUGACUCCUUGGCCUGGGACAUCCACUUCUCUCCCUUCAGCUCUGGUUCAUUGGAUUUCUUGGGUCUCCAGCUUGCCAACUACAGGUCUUAGGACUUCUCGGACUCCACGGUCACAACUCAAGAGAAACACAGAGGAGAAAAUCCAACGUAUUAAAAUUCCAUGAGUACUGGGGAUGGGCAGAAUGUCAGCUGUGUCAUAGCAUGAUGAUCUGGGCCUCAUAUUUCCUAUAUCAUCCAAAACACUGAGAAGAGAGCCUUGGGAGAGGGGUCCUGAGUCCAUAUUGCCACUUGAAAAAGAUUGUGGCAUUGGCUAUGACCCUGGAACUCUGAACUCUGCAAGUAGCCAGCCACAUUAUUUCUACCCUGUUAAUCGAUGCUCCUGGAAAAUAUUUUGACUGGGACUACUCAGUAAGAGGACAAUCCAAAGCAACUGCUUCUCUAACUUAGACGCAGAGAGGAUGAAGAGGAAGAUUUCCUUCAUUGGCUGGGGCAAUAGCGCCUCUGCUGAUGGCUGCAGAGAUGACCUCAAGUCCCCAAACUAGUCUGGA